AUGGUGAACCAAUCCCCUCAACUAGCAAAGACAGUAGAGUUGUGGAAGCUGCUACAGAUCCGGAAGAAGUCAGGCACUUAUAUACUUGACGGAAACAGCUUGACUAUUGCAGAUGUCGUAGCCACGUCAUUAUUUGGUUGCAAACCAAUUCUAUCUCAGGAUCCCAAAAUUAACAAAGACAUCCAAGAUAGUAUUAAUGUACUAUUUGACCAUCUCGCUCAGGGUUGGUACGUCUAUGGUGUCAAUACUGGAUUUGGCGGGAGCGCCGAUUCCAGAACAGAGCAGGUCACUCUGCUCCAAGCAUCAUUAAUGCAACAUACUCAAAGUGGAAUCAUUUCAAAAGCAGGCAAUGGCGGUGCUCCUGACCACAUCAUGCCACAGGCAUGGGUUAGAGCUGCCAUGGUCAUAAGGUGUAAUUCCACAAUGCGGGGACAUUCUGCUGUCUCCUUUCCGGUUGUUAAGGCCAUGGCGGAAUUUCUUGGUCAUGACCUCACACCUGUAGUUCCACUCCGGGGUUCGGUUUCUGCUUCUGGUGAUUUGAUGCCUCUUUCUUACGUUGCUGGGGGAUUGGAAGGGAACCCAGAUAUUCUGAUACAGAAUAAAGACGGGACUUUUCUUUCCGCACCGGAAGCUCUGAAAGAAGCGGGUUUGGAGCCGGUUACGUUAGGACCUAAAGAAGGGUUAGGAUUGAUUAAUGGAACGUCUUCUUCUGCGGGAGUUGGUGCUCUCGUUUUGGCUAAUGCACAUAUGUUGGCAUUUUUGACCCAGCUCUUAACGGGAUCAGCAGUUGAGGCACUAUGUGGCAGUUCAGAGAGCUUUCACCCUUUUAUCGCCGAAACACGACCACAUCCAGGCCAAAUAGAGUGUGCAAGGAACGUAUACAGCUUUCUCCGUGGAUCCCACUUGGCUCGUGAUGUUCUUGAACCGAAAAAUCGUAGACGAGAGGACUUGGUCCAAGAUCGAUAUUCGCUACGAAGUGCUCCCCAAUGGAUUGGUCCUCAAUUGGAAGAUCUGAUGCUGGCCGAUCAACAAAUCAACAUUGAGAUCAACUCUUCAUGCGACAAUCCUCUUGUUGACAGCAAAUCGAGCGAUAUCUACUACGGGGCAAACUUUCAAGCAGCUUCUGUGACUUCGGCCAUGGAAAAGACCCGACUUGUCCUUCAAAUGUUUGGCAAAAUCCUCUUCUCCCAAAGCUUUGAGAUGAUCGAUCCCAAUCUCAGCGGAGGAUUGCCUGCAAACCUUGCAGCUGAUGACCCAAGUCUUUCAUUCAUGAUGAAAGGCGUUGAUGUCAAUAUGGCCGCGUAUAUGGCCGAGCUUGCAUAUCUGGCGAACCCCAUGAGCUCCCAUGUGCAAGCAGCAGAAAUGCAUAAUCAGUCCGUGAAUUCGAUGGCACUGGCUUCUGCGCGCAUGUCAGCUGAUGCUGUUGAUGUCUUGAUGAAGAUGUGUGCUUGCCACAUUUAUGUUGUGUGUCAGGCAUUGGACCUGCGUGCCUUGCACAUGGGAUUUAUUAAAAAAGCCACAGAAACUAUAGUCACUGUCACUCAAAAAUCGUUCUCUGAUUUGACUUCUCAAGAUUUGCAAACUCUGCAAGACACAUUAGGGGUUCAUAUUGGUCCCUCCUGGUCUUCGACAGGGAAGAUGGACCUUGAGGCUCGCUGCAAGUCUCUGGUCAAUUCCAUCAUUCCAAUCUUACUUGACCAUAUCCAAGGCAGCAUCGGGAAUGUCAUGGACUGGAAGAAGGAAGCCAAUGAGCUGGUCUGGAACCUUUGGCGCGAACAUUUCAGUGCCUUCAUCAAAAACCCGGAAACACCCACACUUCUAGGCAGAGGGUCAAGUGCUUUGUAUGACUUUGUCCGCGACAAGCUACAAGUACCCUUUCAUCAAGGAUUUGUGGAGCAUCCCACUUACAAGAAUGAUCAGCUGGAUGGCAGGCAGAAAAAAUCGAUUGGUGGUUGGAUAUCAAUCAUUCAUGACAGCAUUACCAAUGGUACUUUGUUCGACAGUCUGAUGCUUAUGCUAGAUGACAGUACUGUCAAUCUCAUGAACGGGAAGAAAUAG